UUAGCAAUGGAUUUAAAUAGUGCUAUAAAAGUGAAGAUCCAACACAGAAGCCAAAUUAGUCAUCAACUGAAAUCAAGAUGGUUCUGAAAGUCGUUAUAUUAUUACUGGUGUGUGUUGUGGGUUUCUGGUGUGAAGAAAGCAAGUAUACGACAAAGUACGAUAAUAUUGACAUCGACAGGAUAUUAUCAAACAAAAGAAUUUUGACCAAUUAUAUAAAGUGUCUCUUGGACGAUGGACCCUGUACGCCCGACGGUAGAGAAUUCAGAAAAAAUAUCCCAGACGCACUCCAAACAGGCUGUCAAAAAUGUUCAGAAGCUCAGAAGAAAAUCGUUCAGAGGACAUCCAAUUACAUCAGAAAGACCCGACCAGAUGACUGGGAUAAAAUUAGAAAGAAAUUCGACCCCGAGGGAAAAUAUUCAAAGAGCUUUGAACAAUUUCUCAAUGAAAAAUAAGUUAUUGUGGGGAAGCCGACUGCAGUAUAAUUAUUUUUUUAAGAAUUCAAGUUUUGUUGUACCAUGAUUCAUCGCACACCGCCAUAAAAAUUUCAUGGCCUUCAUAGCAUACCAAAAUAGGACUUCGGGGAGUUGUUACAGCAUGAAACCACAAACACUGCUUUUCAAGAAGAUCUCCAACCACUUAUUUUUUGAAUGGGUCUAGUUAAGAGUUAGAAGCUACAAAAUCAGAUAUCACACGACCCAUUUAAAAACAUGUUCCAAAAUGGCUUUCAGCCGUCAUCUUGAAAUGUUCUGCCACUGUUACUACUUGAAUUUCAACUUCCUAACUUCUGUUCCAAAAAUAAAUUGGUGAAGGGAGCUUUUUGAAAAGCACUACAUUUUGUUUCGUUUGGCUGCCAAGUUAAUGGUACCUUUUAUACUUGCAAGUCCAUGCCACUUGCUAUUGAAAGGCGUAAGUAAUAACUUACGGAAGUCUUAUUUAUCAUGGGACGUUGUCUCCUCUUACAGCAAAUUUACAUUUUUUUAAUCAUUCCACCACGCCAAUCAACAUUUAACCUGGCAAGUUUGUAUUUUAGCAUCAAAAUGCUUAAGAUUUGACUAGUUGUAUAUCACUUCAGUAUGCAAUGUAACCAAAAAUUUUCAUCGGCUCUUGGACUAUUCAAUCCCGUUCAUCCUAUAUUAAGUUCUUAUCUACAAGAUAGUCUAAACAAUGUAACUAGAUUGAUUCUUAUUUCCUUCAUAUUGCAUAGUACUAUAUAUGGACAGCGCUUAAAACAUUAAAUAAUGUACAAUUUAUACAAAUAAAGUUAAGUUCAAUAGAGUCUAAUAAUAAUUUAAAGGAUCUGCCAAUCUAGAUGGCCGGGAGAAUCUCCUCAAAUAAUUUUCUACGAUACGUUUAUACCAUGUACCCGUGAAAUAUCAACCCAUUUUCAAAAAAGUUCGGCACCCUGUACUCUGGAAACGUAUGUCAAUAUGAACUUGCCAUUUCAAAGGAUAAAAAUUGCUUUAAAAUAGAGAAUACCAGAAU